CCAAUCCGUAGACAAACACACACCUCAAUUAAAACUGGGCACACUGCUGCGCGACGAGAAAGUUUGGUCUUCCUCAAAGUUUUCUUUAACAAGUAGUGUACUCUCUUAGAGUUUAAUUGUCGCUUGUUUUACUGUGACUAGCCUAUUUGAAACGGGCAUCGUUUGAAGAUACGUGUUUUUUCUUGACCCGAGUACAGAAGACGUCGAUCGAUAACUACAUCCUCGGUCUGCGCGUUAAACGCGUUAAACCCUAUUUAUUUAGUUAUAAUCCUAGUUCCCCGGUUGAGAUGGAGUGGCGGGAGCAGACCAGUGUCAGCUGCAUGGACGCCUUCGAAGAGACUAAGCGGUGGAUUGAGAAAGUGACCAGUAAGUCGUUUGAAAGUAGUAACUUCCGUGCUGCUCUGGAAAAUGGAGUCCUACUCUGCGAUUUGAUGAACAAGUUGAAACCUGGCAUUAUCAAGAGGCUGAACAGGCUUUCAACCCCGAUCGCCGGAUUGGACAAUGUGAAUGUGUUCCUGAAGGCAUGCUCUAAGCUGGGUCUGAACGAGUCUCAGCUCUUCCACCCUGGAGACCUCCAGGACCUUUCCACCAGGGUCACCCUCAGGAGCGAAGAAAGCAAUAGGCGACUAAAGAACGUUCUGAUCACAGUGUACUGGCUGGGUCGCCGGGCCCAGCUUGAGCCCUUCUACUGCGGCCCACAGCUCAACUUCAAGGCCUUCGAGGGCCUGCUGGGCCUGACGCUGUCUAAGGCCCUAGAGGAAGGCAGCGGCCUGUGCCCCAGAGAUGGGGGCUACGGCGACCCGGAAAAGGAGAACCUGUAUCACGUCAGACCGGCUUACCGCAGGGAUGACUCGGUUGAGGGUGGGAAUUAUCUGGACCACCACAGCGCUCACCAAAGAAGUGAAGGCUGUGGCAGUGACGUGGAGGCUGACCAGCUGUUCAGUAUGUCAGCCCAGAAGGACUCAGCCCAGCAGCAGGAGAGGGGAUAUGUCCCCCCAGUAGAGGGAGCCUACCCCCUACCCAGGGAGGGGGGUUGCGUCGCCCCAGCGCCACUUCGCAGGAAGAAGGGAUGUGAGGAGAACAAACAAGGCUUACUCACCAGAGUCUCUCAGAUUCAGCUCCGUCCGGGUCGACCGCCUCAGGUCAACCCUGGCUGGAUUUGGAGCAAAUCCACGACCGACAUCCCCAUGGAGUCCCCGGGCUACCAGGAUGAUGGGCAGAACUUGGGGGGUCCUGACGUCAGCAGGCCAAGUCGCCCUCCAAAUGGUGCCAGGUCCAAGGAGAGCGUGGAGAAAUGGCAGGAGGAUUUGACAAAGUGGAAGAACCGACGUAGGAGCACCAAUUCUGACCUCCACAGGAAGGUCGAGGAACGAAACCAUGAUGUCAACGAGACGACCAGGGGGACUAGGGCGACCGUUGGACAGAAUAAAACGGCAAACGGAGACCAGCUGUCGCCUUCUGUUCCCGGCCCAGCCUCCUCCCAUUCAUCCAGAGCCUCUCGCCCAGCACUCUCUCGGAGUUACACAGUCGAGACCCUGCUCGGAGACCCCUGGCCCAACAAAGCAUCCUCCUCAUGUAGCCCCGUCCAGAACCAGCCCCUGUCUGGAGCCAUGCCCGCCUCUCACCGCUCUCUGCUUGGAGAGGAGGUCCCUUCCGCUUCAUUGGCCUCCGACGGCAACGCCUCCUCCACCGCUACCACCCCCUCCACCUGCAGUCCUUACACCUCCCAGACCCUCAUCAAGCUCCAGCCUGGUCCCACUGCUGGACAGACCCAGACCGGCGGGAGGGGUCGUAGAACCACUAUGGGGCCGGUCCCGUAUUCGGGCAUUGGCACGGUCGACCGUACACCUUACUCACCGCAGGUCACGGACCGCAAAAUCACAAUCCUCCAUCACGGGCCGUUCCUCCAGCGGAGAGACGUGACCCAGCAGAACCACUGCUCUCUGAACACUGCCGAGCCUGGAGCCGGGGAGGAGGCGGGAGGUCUGGUGAACGGGCCAACGCACCACAGCUUCCUCCACAGGUACAACUCUAUGCCCUGGUCGGGCUCGGCCAGCCUCCCUCGAGGGUACCGCCGGUCUGAAGGCUCGGCACGCCUAUCAAACGUCCUCACGGCCCGCCCCUUCGGUACCAGGCCCUCCAGGAAGUCCUCACUGCUCAGCACAGGAAGUGACUACAAGACCCUCCCACUGAGCGGUGACAUGCAAGCUCCCCAGCCCAUCCUGAACCGUCAGGUCGCGACCUCCCUCAUUAGGGCUCCCCGCCAAGCCGCAGAGAAACAGGAAGUGGAGAACCAGGCAGAGAAGGAACGUGACAGGGAAGAGGGUGGACAUACAAACGGUCUUCCCUACUGCAGUCAACCACCCUUUAAAACCCUUUCCCAAACACACCUGUCUCCUCCAGCCGUUCACGCCGCACCACAGAAGCGGAUGAGGGUGAGUCUGAGCCUGACACCCAACAGUGUGGAUGACUUCGGUUUCCAGACAGACUGGAGCGCCACUGGAGCCAGAGUCACCUCUGUUCAACAAGGCAGCCCUGCUGAGCUUUGCCAGCUGUGCGUGGGUGAUGUCAUCACCACAUUAGGCGGAGCCAAGGUGGAGCAGCUGAGCUCCAGCCAAUGGGAGAGCACUAUGACGUCAGCCCUGCAGUCCGGUAGCCUCACCAUGGACGUCAGUCGCUAUAGCAACCAGGGCUGUCCUGAAAACCACCUCCACAAAGACAUCAUGACCCUGCCCACUGGCCCUGACCUACAUGCCCAGGGGUUGGGCAUCCAAACCAGGAACGGAGAAUUUGAGGGGACACGAAAGACCGCCAGUAGCAAAGAACUUGAACGAAUUGUACUGAGAAAUAAGAGGCGGAGAGCGGAGUUUUUUGAUGUGAAAGGAGGUACUGAAUCAGCCAUAUCUGACCUUCAAGUUCCGUCUCUGAAACCGUCUUCCUCAAACUGGUCCUGGGACCACGAAGAAGAACGCAAACGUCAGGAGCGCUGGCAGGAGGAGCAGGAGCGCCACCUACAGGAGCGCUACCAGCAGGACCAGAAGCGGAUGCAGGCCGAAUGGCAGAGCGCUCAGGAGGGGACGGGAGAGGAGCCGAGGGGGACAGACGAGAGGCCGGUCUGGCUGGAUGAUCCUGGUGUUGUCAUACCCACCAGCCUAACCAGACCUGUCGUCCAAAGACAAGCUCCUCACUGGGAGGCUGAUGGUUCAGUCAGACACCAGAACAAGGGGACGGGAUCUGCCGGUGUCCAGUACUCGGACCCUGCUCUUGUCGGACCCCCGACCCCAACAGACCUGGCUGGCUUUAGGCCCCUUGGUACAGAGGCCGGGUCGAAGCCUCGCAGUCUAGAAGCGGAGAAGGAUAAGGGGGCUGAGCCUGACUUCUUCAGGCCGACGGGUUCUGGUGGAUUUACCCAGCUCUAUUCAGCGUACCGCGGGAUGUCAAAGUCCACCCCGACGCUGGCUUCUGACCACAGGCAGACCAAAGGCCCCGGGGAGCAGAAGAAGGGGAAGGUGGCGACUGCGUCAAAGGAGGAGCAGAACAGGCAGCAGAUCCUUGAAGAGAUGAAGAAGAGGACUCAGCUGCUGACCGACAACAGCUGGAUCCGCCAGCGCAGGGCCAGCUCCCUCAAAGAGCCCCUCUACACUGGUGGAACCCUCAGGAGAUACGAGUCUCUGGACAGCCUCCACACUGCCCCUCCCUCGGAGCCCCCCUGUGAGCUGUCGGGCCCCAGGUCUCUCUCUGGCUCCUCUGGGCGGAGUGUCUACCCCCGGUACACCACCUGCCCGACUCCACCUGACCAGCUCCCCAGCUGCCCCGUCGCCUUGUCCCAGCGCUCAUUCCCUGACACCUCAUGUAUCCCUGGAAAAGCUGCUGGUGAUUGUGCUGUGCCGAGCUUCUCGGAGGAGAGGGAUCAGAAGUUCAGAGCAGAGACCACAAGUCUUUCUGCGAGUGUUGCUACAUCCAGCUCAAUUUCCAGCAAUUGACCAGGUCAUGUGACCAGAGAAGUCUGUGUCAGAUUGAGAAAAAAGGGGCCAUUUUGUCGAGGAAGUGACGCGACAAAAUGUUGGAUGAACUUUCACGUGAACCCCACCCACUAGCGCCCUGGCCCGUGUGUUGUAUGAUUUUACAUUUUGAAAUAUUCGUUAAUCUUUCACUCGGCCAAAAGUUGCUAAUUAAGUGUACUGUAUGAAAUAAAAUAGGAUAAUGAGUGUUUUUAAAUCUUCGGUUUUUGGUUGUAUCUGUCCACUAUCGUUUUGUUUUCCCCCAUCAGCAAGUAAUUUUACUAAUGCUAUGGUGAGGGUCAUGUCAAUUACAUAACUUCAAGCACUUUCUAUCUUCACUUUCAUCUUGCUAAGUGCACUUUGCAGAUCAUUUGGUGAUAUGGGUCCAGCAGUCAUAAAAUAAUGAAAUGUUUAACCAGGUAAAUGUGACUGAAAUGUUUGGAAAUAAAAGAUGUAUCCCACAAAUAUAUCCGUUAUUUUAUCACACCACUAGAUGGCAGUAUUGACCCACUGGUUUAGUUUUAAGUGGGCGUUCUUCUAACCAAAACAAUGGAUCAUCGAACAGUUCAUAAUGACCGCUGGAAGAAAAACUUGUAGUUAAAAUACACCUUAUGUUAAUUUCAUUAGAUCGUUGGACUUUGUCGAAUGGUCAUUGGAGAAGAUUUUUAUGAAUAAAUUCUCUAUGUGCAGUAUUGGGCAGCACCAAUUUAUUAGGUUGUAGACAAACUCUUAACUGUGCUCUGAGAACUUCAACUGAGUUGUCCACUCUGGCUGUGCAACUGUGUCGCAGCAUAGCUUAGCUGGCUGUUUAUUGUGCGUCCGAAUGGUUUUGGGAGUGAAUAUUAAGAUUCUAGUAAGCAAAGGUACGGGAUGGACAGCAUUUUUAUAUGCGCUUUAUGUGUAAUGUAUCGGUUAUAGGCUGUGAUUUUAUGAACAAUUUUGAAGUCACUUGAUCUGCAUUGACUUCAGUAUGUCCAGGUAGUUUUAAGCUACGAACUUGUUGAAAUGUUACACUACUAAGACAUAAAUUGCACAUAAUAGAACUUGGUUAGUAUCACAUGUACGUUAUUGAAAUAGAAACGCAAGCAAACUGUUGCAGAGAGCUAUGGAGUAAAUAAGCUAUUUUCUAUCAAAUACCAGAUUGUCAAAUGUCUUUGGAUACUGAUUCCACCAAACAGUGAUACUAUAACGGUCUCAAUCCUCUAUCUGUUGAGACAUCUGUCACUCUUCCUUCCUCUUAUAUCCUGUCAAUGCUACAAAGGGAUUUUAGACAUUCCUGUAUCGCUUUAAAUGUAGGCCUAUCUCAAAUAAUUUCUUGGCUUAUUUUGUAGAUGAAUAACAUUUUCUGAAUGCUACUGGUUGUAGUUUGGUCCUAUGAAUGUUAAUAAGGCACAAUCCCAGUUUUUGUAUCGCAACAUAUUUAUCUCAUAGUAAUGCAAGGUCAGUAAAGAGAAGGUUGUGUGUCGUAAGAAUUUUUAAGGAAGUGUCACUGCUGAACAGAAGGAAGAGACACGCUUGUCACCCCGACCUUUGCUUAAACUUAAAACAGGAACCAGAGAGCGACGAAUGAUAUCCCUAAAACAUGACUACUGUGUAUACAUAAUGAAACUCAUGCUUAUUUUUAAUAUCAAUAGACCAGUGUCAAUACUCAAGCAAAGCCCUUUUCAGGCUGAUAUGAGAGAUGUCUUUGACAUAAGGCUGAACAUUAUCUCAUGGAGAAAAAGCCUGUGAUCUGUGGGUUGCUCUCCAUAAAGCUUAUAUACAAAGUUAAACUAGUUCUGUUUACCUAAUGGUGCGGGUAUGAAUGUUCCUUGAGAUAUGAUGUUACAUGGAGUGGGUCAUAGUGUUUCUGUGUUGUCCUGAAGUCUGGCAGAACUCACGCCACUUUGGUUCAAACUAGAGGGAUUAUUUUAUCGUCUUUGUUAGAACACAGUAGAUGGUUAUAUUCUGUUCUUUAGUCGAAACAGAAGGGAAAAUUGUAUCUUCUUUAGUAGAAAACAGUAGAUAUUCUGUUUUUACUCCAGUCAUAGUGACAAGAACCCCCUCCCCUGUUUUCAAAUGUAACCUUUAACCCUGACCUUGAACUAGAUCUCAAAGUCCCCAGGCAUUAGGAAGGCCUGAUGUGAAAAUGUUAAGUGUUCUGCCUCCCAGCACUCUUGGCAGCGACAGAGAGGUUUGAGAACUCGGUGGCCUGACCUCUGGGUCUGUUGAGGGCAGCAGUCUUCCUAGAAGAACCCAUUGGAGAUAUUGUCAAGUGUUUUCUAUGUUAUGUUCAGUUGUGUAGGUUGCCUCGGUGGCUCUGCUGUGACCUACUUGAAGAACACUAGUUGAACUAGCUGAAGGUCAGCCAGAUAGGUCAAGCGAAGACGGAGCGAGAAAAGUGUAUUUUGUAUUUUAAGCUUGACAUUUGGUUUGUGGGAGUGGUGUUUAUAGUACACCACUUCACAAUUUAGCCUAAGGGUAAACAUUGCAUGUUUACAAGAGUCGCAGAAAGUAAGAAUUCACCACAAAGUAUAAAUCGAUCUAACAAUCUAAAAGGAGAUAAUAACAAUUGCAACCCUGCAUGUGACAUUUAAGCUUAAUUUAACAUAAUUUAAAUGAGUGAAACUAUGUUGUUUCACGUAAAUAAUCAUACUUGUUUUAAACCAGGUAAGUGUUCACUAAAGGCAAAACAUAAUUUAGAAAAUGUGAUUAAUAAAUAAGUUAUUAAGAAAUAUAAAUUACGUAAUUGGCAGGGAACCAGAAGACUAGAUAUGAUAAUAGUUAGCUAUAAUGUGUUGUGGUAUAGAAGAGAUCUCCAUUAUGCAAUUCAGAAGGGAAUUUCAUGACUGUAUUUCUACAGUGGCCAGUGUACAUGGUGUGGAUUUGCAAGCUUUGCAGACAUUAUUUUACAGUUUACAACUGCUGACCGAGUUCUUGUCACUGUUACGCACUAACAGAUCCCCGCCUCUAACAACAUGAUUGGUUGAAACAGGAAGCAAAGAAAAAUUAAAUGCCAUAUUCACCAAGAUUCCCAGCAAAACUGCUAUAAAAAAAAAAAAUUCAAUCUAAAUUCUUAUUUCUGAGACUUACAUUAAAAUAGAUUGGACUUGGACCCCCAGCUCCUGAUUAUUCUAAUCAGACACUACGUGUUGAGGCCCAAAUAGUUCUGCAAUGGCAGUAACACUUUAAAAUAAAACGAGAAGGCCAUGCUGCUGCCAUAAAACUAGGCAAAACUAUGCUCUGUUAUUGUGGUUACAAUGUGUUAGCCAGUAAUGUGACACAAUCACAAGAACAUCUGCUUCCCAGGAAGUUAAUGUGGUUAGAAUUUAAUUUAGAUUUCCAAGUGUUUGGAGGGGGCUAAAUGGCAGCACUGUGGCCUAGCCUACUGUGGGAACUAACCGUUUCUGAAUGCUAAGUCUUUCUCCUUAUUCUCAUUUCUGACACUUUGAAGAUUUUGCACAUCGAGCCAUUAGAUUUUCUAUGACACAGCAUCUGUUGUGUUGAGAGCCCUUACAGUCUUUUUGACAGUGGUGUCCCUAUACAGAUUAGAACACUCCAUAGACAAUGGAGACUUAGUGUUUUUACGAAAGGAAGUAAGGCAGAUAACAUUUCUCAUUAAACAGACUGGAUGGGCUUCUAGCAGGGAAGCAUAUGGAGUGUGAUUGUUCAUGGUUUUCUGUUUUUACUUGUUUAGCCUGUCUCUUCGUUUUGACCUUCUCUGACUCUCCCUCUUUGUCUAUCUGACUUUAUAUCUAUCUUAUAUCUGUCUGUCUAUCCAUCUCAUUCAGUCUGUUGGUCUGUAUAGUUUAUGCCUACAAAGAAUAUUGACAAAUUAUUAAUGAAUGUUAUAUUUGAGAUAUUAAUCAAAUUGCAAUCUUGUCAUAUAUUUCAGAAUAAAUUAUUAUAUUGAACUUCAUCAAUUCGCUGAUUAUGAACAACUUAUUUGUACCUUUUCAGCCUGGGUUAAGGAGUAGCAAACCAUAGACAGCAAUGCAAGCUCCCUGCUGAGGAUGCUUGACCUCGGUGUCAACUUCAGCACAAUUUGACAAAGCAUUCAUUUCAAUCUUCUCGAACACUAUUUUUACAUCAACGGUUCUGCUCUUCUCUGGUUAAAUAGUUUCUCACAAAUAUAACAGUUUGUUCUUUGUGAAGACUCGCAUCAAAACACUGCAACCUAAGCUUUUAAUCUACUCCGGGGGUCGGUCCUUUGCAGGGGCGUUUCUAGGUUUCAUAAACAUCCGGGGUUUAGCCCAGAGGGGAAAGGAAAACUAGUGCUGUCAAGCGAUUAAAAUAUUUAAUGUCAUAGUUAACUCACGAUUAAUCGCAAAAAAAAUUCUAUGCUAAGUAUCCCUUGAUUUCUUUGUCCAAUAUUUUUUUCUCUUUUUAAUGCUUGUAUCAACAUGGAGAAGAGCAUCGGCUUGCCUUGUGCAAAUGUUUUUUAUUGAUAACAACAUUGGCAUAUUCUGAUCAAAACAGGACGAUCCAAAAAAAAAGCCUAUAGUGCAAUUAAACGAUGAACAUACAAACAUACUGCCUUGAACAAAACAGUCAGGCUACUGCUUCUUUGUUUUGAGCCAAAGAAAAAAAAAAAAAAAAUUGCGUUAAUCGCGCGAUAAAAGAAUUAACUCCGUUAAAAUUGGUUUGCGUUAACGCCGUUAACUGACAGCACUAAGGAAAACGGCUAAAACGAUUGUAUGCUUUAUUGUGCAUGCAAAUAUUUUCAUAAUGCCUUACCUAAAUAAACAAAAUACGCAGUUUAUUAUAGCUUUAAACAGCUACCUGACUGCUGUGCUGAUUAUCCCCAAACAUCUAAAGUUCCAUUUAAGUUAUUUCAGAGUAAAAUUAGUACAAGUGAGACAAAUUGUCUGUUUACCGUUCUCAAUUAAUGCGCUAGCUGGCUUAUCGUCUCUAAAAUUAGUAACCAUAGCAACGGGACCGCAGUCAAAGCCGUUUACAAUUUAUUGCAACACCGCAACAAAGUAACUGAGUGAUUUCAACAUUUCUUUUAAUUUAUUUGGAGAAUAGGACAACUUCGAUGACUGAAAGUUGUAGCUAUGGUCCGUCCUAAUUACUGGGGGAGUGAACAACGUUUCAACGGGCGUGUAAUGGUGGUUCCGGGUAUUAGUCAGACCCUCAGGCGUAACCAGGGAAACAAAACAAAGCUGAGCGGACUAUAAUACCUCCCGCUACCUCCCGUUCUAAAGUCGUAGCUAUGGUCCGUCCUAAUUACUGGAGGAGUGAACAAUGUUUCCGUUGCAUGAGAACCCAACGGGCGUGUAAUGGUGGUUCCGGGUAUUAGUCAGACCCUCAGGCGUAACCAGGGAAACAAAGUUAUGUUUUGUGGAAAACUUUAUAUUUGGAUUGUAAAACGCAUGAAAAUAUAAAUUAAUGGUCUUAAUUUGGUCACUGUUGGUAAGUGACCAUGGUAGAAGCGGGAUAAUGCCCCUUCGAGGUGUCCAUUAUCAGGAAUUAAUGGACGACGUGGAGGCGUGAACGGUUGCCUCCGCGAAGUCCAUUAAUCUUUAAAAGAAAUUAAAGGGUUCUCCCGAAAACCUUGGAGCUUCUGUGCAGGGAGACAUAGGGGCAGCUCCUGUAGAGUCAAACAAAGAACCAGAUGAUACAAAAUGAUUGUUAAAACAAUUUAGAACCUCAGUUCUAUGGUAGAAUGGGACCGAGUCUUUUAGAACAAAUGUCGGAAGAGCCUGAGGACUUUUACUUACAGAUAUAGAUUUAAUUACUUUCCAAAAUUUCUGUGGAUUAUUAAGGUUCAGUUGUGACAGAUAAGUAAUAUUCAGAUUUAGCCUUUUUGAUAAGGGAAGUGCAUUUUUUCCUUAGUUCCCUGAAAAUAGACCAGUCAGAGGCAAAAUCACUUUUUCUGGCUUUGGCCCAUGCCACAUUACGUUGAUGGAUGGUAUCUGACAACUCUGGGGAAAACCAGGGAUUAACUCGUCCCUUAACCCUGAAUUUCCCGAUGGGGGCAUGUUUAUUUACAAUUUUCACAAAGUGUUCCUUAAAGAAUGUCCAAGCUAACUCCACAUCCGGCAAAAGACCUAUGUGCCCCCAAUUUACCGAAGACAAAUCAUGAUGAACAGCCUGUUCACUAAAUAUUUUUAAAUUCCUCUUGAAAAUAAUGCGUGGUUUACGUUUUUUUUUUUUUGUGUCCCUGCAAGUAGCAACAACACAAUGAUCACUCAAAUCAUUACAGAAAACUCCCAAGGAUAAGAAUUUAUGAGGAACAUUUAUUAGAAUUAAAUCAAUCAAAGUGGACUUUUCAGAAUUUUUAAGAUUUGGCCUCUUAGGUAGGUGGACCAGCUGGAUAAGAUUAAUAGUCAAAGAAAGAUUUAAAUUCAUCCAAAACUGCAUUUAGCCAAUCCCAAUUCAGAUCUCCAGCCAUUAAAAGCUCAAUAUAAUUUAAUUUGGACAAAAGAUCCUGCAAUGACGAUAAUGCCUCCUUUGUGGCAGAUGGAGGCCUAUAGCACCCGACAACAUAGAGAGGGACUUUGCUAUUUCCACCUUCAAUGCCAAAAAUUCAAAUUGCUUACAGAUAGACUCAGACAGAACAAUUGAAGCAUCAAAUCUUGAUUUAACGAAAAUGGCUACACCACCACCUUUCUUGGGCCUAUCAGUACGAUAAACAUUGUAUCCGAGUAUGCUAAUGUCUUCAUUUGUAAUUGAUUUUGUCAGCGAAGUUUCUGAGAUGACCACAAUGUCUGCAUCUGUUGAUCUAACCCACAUUCUGAUCAUGUCCAUCUUUGGUACUAAGCUGCGCACAUUAAGAUGAAUAUAUUUGAGACCAGACAUUAAUUUAAAAUCAGCGGGAGUCUGGAUACAUUGCAAUUCGGGACCAGGGUUUGAUUGCACAUCUCCAGACAGAAGUAAGAGUAGUACAAUCAUCACUCCUCACAUUCGUCUCACAUAACAUUUUGAUGCAGUUUUUUCAUGUGUUAAAGCCAGGCAAUGCUUUUCCUUAAGGGAAAGAGUAAGAUUAUAUAAAGUAAAAAAACUUAGAAGUUUAGGUAAGUCCCUAGGUGGGUCCGACCACAGGUUUGAGGCCCAAACCAAAUCAGACUGUGGUUGCUGAAACUCAGUGGCGGCUGGUGGUCAACAUUUUUGGUGAAGUAAACCCCGCCGACCGACGCACCGAAACGAGCGCAUACCUAACCCCCCACCCCUGGGUAACAUAACUGGAAA